AUGGCAGCAAUCAGGGAUGUGGGAGUCGCUCUUGUGGUGCUGGUUUCAGUGGCAGGAGCUGCAAUGCUUGAAAAACCGCAGUACGAUUACUACAAAUACCAUCCCAUGUCAGAGAUCUCUGAGUGGAUGGCGCAACUUGCAAAAGACUACGCUGAUAUUGUGACCAUAGUAGAGUAUGGGAAGACCUAUGAGCUGAGGACAAUACGUAUGCUCAAGAUUGGUGUAGACACUGGAGCAAGGAAAAAAGCAAUCUGGAUGGACUGUGGUAUUCAUGCUAGGGAAUGGAUUGCUCCAGCCUUCUGUCAGUACUUUGUCAGCAAGAUUUUACAGACAUACAAGACAGACCCUAAAAUGGGAGAGAUGAUUAGGAACAUAGACUUUUACGUCACCCCGGUGCUCAACAUGGACGGUUACAUUUAUUCGUGGAAGGACAACUCUACCCGUCUCUGGAGGAAGAACAGAUCGCCGGCACCAGCAGGCUGCAGCUGCAUCGGGACUGAUCUUAACCGCAACUUUGACGCCAACUGGGGCACUAUUGGGGUGUCAUCUGAUUGUUGCAAGGACACUUACGGCGGCAGAGCUCACGAGUCUGAGCCUGAGACACAUGCCGUUACCUACUUUGUAGGAAGCAGGAAGGAGGAUUUCCUGUGUUUCCUCACCAUUCACUCCUAUGGCCAGCUGCUUUUGCUUCCCUAUGGACACCCCAAUUUCACUGCCCCCAACUACAAAGAACUAAUGGAAGUUGGCAUGGGUGCGGCCGAGGCCAUUUUUAAGGUACAUGGGAAGAUCUACAGAGUAGGGACAUCACCAGAUAUAUUAUAUCCCAACUCUGGCUCCUCCAGAGAUUGGGCUCGGCUCCAAGGAAUACCCUUCUCCUACACCUUUGAGUUGAGAGAUGAUGGACUUUAUGGUUUUGAGCUCCCUGAGGAUCAGAUCCAGCCCACUUGUGAGGAGGCCUACAGUGGAGCCCUGCACAUAAUUACCUAUGUCCACAACAAGGUCUUUAAUGGUGCUGUCGCAGCCACCAUCCCAACACUUUGGACUGUGUUGGUGGCUGUAGGAGUCACAAGUAUCAUGUGA